AAAAGCACAGAACAAUAGUUGAAAGUGAAAUUUGUUAUCCGCUAAAUUAAGUUUAUUGUGAUUAAGUCAACUAAUUUAAAUGAAUUAGAUUUUAUAAUAACUUUUAAAUGAAAAGCGGUAAAAGUUUAGAAGAUGGCAGGUUAUAGACAUUUACAUUUCUACAAUUUAGCAGUUAUUUUUGGCGUUUGUUUGCUAGUUAACAAUAAUUCCGCGGAAGAUCUACCCUUAUCAAAAAUUAGCCAAAAUGUUGGGGCUCCUACUUUAAAAUUUCUUUACUGUUAUUCAUGUGGUUAUAGAAAAAUGUUUGAGCAAUAUGUGACGAUAAUAAAUCAAAAAUAUCCAAGCAUAAUUGUGGAUGGAGGUAAUUACGAUCCACCUGGAUUUUAUAUGUUUUUAGUUCGACUUAUAGGAACUGUGAAAAUAUUGAUCAUUCUGUGUAUUAUUGGUGGGGUAAACAUUUUUGAUUACAUAAAUCAACCUCAACCAUCUUGGUGGCAGUGGUGCCUCGAGAACAAGAUAUAUGCCUCAUUGAUGUUAUUUUUCCUUAGCAAUUUAAUAGAGGGCCAACUAAUUCAAUCAGGAGCAUUUGAAAUUUCAUUAAACAAUGUUCCAAUCUGGUCUAAGUUGGAAAGUGGUAGAAUACCACAACCAGCUGAAUUGUUUCAAAUUAUUGACAGCCAUAUGCAAUUUACAGUAGAUUUAAAAGGAUACGCAAAGUACUGAAAUAUUCCAUUUAGAGUAUAAUUUAUGUUCUUCUUUCUGUAUUUCAUAUGAUAAAAAUAAAAAUGUAUGGAUUUGUACAGUUGUAUCAUAUUUAAUGUUAUGUGUAUAGAUAAGUCAAGCAAUACUGUAAUAAAUAGUAACAUUUGAAUAAAACCAUAAAUAUAUUUAUAUAGUUUUGUAUCCAUCUGAUCUGUGCCUUGACAAUGAAGAGUUUGUCUUU